AUUGUAUUAAAUCAUGCAGGUGCGAGAUGAAAGCGCCGCGGUGGAAUGAAGUGGACGACGCCAAGCUUGUAAUCGCCACAGCCGGUCUCAUCCUUCCCUUUCACAACGCAAUGUCGUCACGUCCUACUUCAAGACUGUCCCGAAUAUUUUGUGGCUGUCGAUCCAUCCCGCUGCAUCAGCUCGAACGCAAUUGCAUGUAGUUGAGCAAGAUAUUAAUAGUCUAUUGUUUCUGGCUCGGAUGUCGAUCAACUUUUGUAAUCUUACUCUGUUAGAGUCCACUUGCAAUUCCAAUUGUUCUUGUUCCGAGUUCCUACUCGACGCACUGUAUGUAAUGGAUUUGGUGCCUCUCAUGUGCUAUUCCUGCUAGUUUUGGAGCUUGUAAGCUACGGCGGUGGUGUGGAAUUAUGGGAGACGAGGGAGUAAGACUUCAUCAUGUGGAGUGUAAGCUAUGAUGUUUAGGGCAUUCUUAGUUCAGACCCCUUCUGCUCCCGAGGGGUUUGAUUGGGUAUGGCAAGAUUGUGACGUACUGCUGGUUUUCAGUUGCGCGUUGACGUCUUUUCGGUGUUGCGUUGCACGACAAUGUGGUUCACGAAAUGUAGGAUCUUCAUUGGUGAACUUGGACAUCAUUCCUUGCCUUGAGUCUUGGAGUUCUUGCCUGCCCCUUCACUUUAGCAGGAUUUCGUCUAGAAUUGUUCCGUGUCUGUCUUUUAAAAUAGGAUUAAAAGAUAUAAACGAUGAUUUCUUGACUCGCAUUUGUAAUUUUGCAUGGAUCAACGUAGUGUGCAGAGUAGAUGCUCUCAGAAAUCCUUGCUCGCUUUCACGUGAAUCAAGUUAAUUUAUCUUAAACAAAAGAGGGGAAUGGUAACAAUGCAGUACAUCUGGAUAUGAUUGCUUCGGUAUCGUAGCAUCAACUAUGAACAGGACUGAAGCCAGAAAUGCAAUUAAGGAUGAAAUGCCAUCAAAACUGCGAGCGAGUGUAGAAAAUCUUCGGAUUCAUUCUUCCGCACGUAUAUUUGGAAUCUUUAGCACAGUUCCUGGUAUCUUCUGUGCCGGCACUGAUAUCAAGGCGCGAUAGAUAUUAUAUGCAAGUCUCAUGUGUCGUGUGCGUUGUGCUCUAACAGUUCCUUCUUCACUUAUGGUUUUCAUUCAGUUGAUUCUUCUCAAACACAUCAAACAUGUAUAAAUCGUAGCUUACCUGGAUCUUUUUUGGGAUUCUUGUUAUUUCCAAAUUGUUCCAGCACGAAAAACUGUUGCUGAGAUGACUAUAUUGGUUUUAUCACGGGAAAGUUGCCUAUGAUAUCUGCUGCGCACUUCUAACUGAUUGUCUUCCUUUCGUUAUUUGGGCUUUGAACACUCUAGAUUUGUGACUUACGCUUCGAAUGGUACACGGUGAAUGUCUUGAAUAUUAUUCAGGGCUUUUAUGGCGUCUCUUUCACUUAGUCUAGAUAGAUUGAUGUAGUUCCAUUCCAAUAAUCAUUGUGAUAGAGAGAGCGGUACGUGGGGGACGUGUGGAAAUGUCAUUAUCUUGUGAUUUUCAUACUUGUGGUACCAUUUACAUUUUCAACCCUGAUACUAUCAAGUCUAACAUUCGCGUGCUUUACUUGUUGCUCUUGUGAGUAAACUUGAGUUAGAAACACAGUCUUGUAUCUUGCAACGUCGAGGAGUACCUCUGAGGAGUUCUAUCUUCUGGUUUUCGUUUUUUUCUUAUUUGGGAAUUGCCCAAGUUGCUUCCAAUUCUCAGGUAUUAUGAAAGAGGCUAUCGCAUUUAACUGUUGGCAUGAUUCUUCUUACAAUACCCAGUUCUCAAUGCUCAGAUUUACUAAUGACGACCUAGCACAGCAGAGGAAGCGGUAUUUAGAUUUUUAAGAAUCGCCUCGCUAUAAUUCCUGGUUUAGCAUCCUCCUUAUUUAUGACAAUGUUUUUUAUGAUUCAAGAAUCAGAAUGUGAAAAUUCGAAAGUGCACCAUACGGCUUCAUGGAUUUUUAGAAUAACUUCUCAGCCAUCUAUUUAUGCCCAUUGGCAAACGGAGUUGCUAAGAGCAUCGUCGCAGGGCCGGGCAAACACAGCGGUUACCUCUAAUCAUAGGCUGAGCUUGGGCUAAGGAGCCCAUAUAUUCUGGCCAGCGUAUUGGGGGCUUACACAGUGAAUCCUUGGGUAUCUCUUAGCCGUGUUCGAAGCUACCACUGGUAGCAUAUAAAUUUGUCGGCGCUCCGACUGACUGGCCAUCAUCUGGAACAACCUGCGCUCUAUUGAUGAGUUUCUGUCAAGGUAACUUGCUCAAUGAGGAUCAACUGUUCUUCCUAUUGCCGUGUCAUUAAUAGUUCUCGCAACUGGAAUGUUGUAUGUAAAUGUGCCUGUUUUUUAUUUUUAUUUCUUUCCUGUGAACCGGGGGUCAAUCUACUCGGGUAAAUGAAGACGAUGCUUAUUCUACAUAUUUCAGCAGGAGAUGUCUUCAUCGAGCUUCAUUUUAAGGUACAAGGUAUGUAUGUCAUGGACUUCUUUAGAGGUUAUCUUCAUCGUGAAGAUAUGGCCGCUUUAGCUGAACAAUGAAUUGUUCUAUCUUAAUCAUAGGAGCUAAGUUUAAAAUCCUUCUGAAGGAAUUUGUUACAUCUUGUUAAUGUUACAUUCAAGACCGUCGGAGGAGAAGAUGUGUAGACAUAUUUGUUGGCGGUGCCGACGACAUCGAUUGCGUCUGCUGAUCCGCACAACCUGAAAUUAGGACUUAAGUACGAUAAUUGGUUGUCAUCAACCUCAUCGCUCUUGCACAGCGUGUGAGCCUUAUCUGCUGUCAGUUUUCAUGUUGAAAAUAGGCGCACUGAAUCCAUAUGUAGUAUUGUUCUAGCAAACAACACGCAACGUAAUCAUCGUGGGCCGUUCAAUAAUAUUGCCCUUCCUUCUAGAGUUGCUUCAUGUAGGGUUGGGACUAUGGUGAGCUUAUUCGUACCAAUGGCGGAUUGAAUUACUUGUUCCAGAUUAAUGAAUAUCUUGGAAACUUAGAAACCAAUUUUUCUUCUGUAGCCAUUAGCAAUCAGAGAAAUUUUGUUUUGACUUCAUCUAGCUGACUACCUGCUGUCUUGGUAAUCGGCAGAUUCGUUGUACCGCUCCUUGGAUUAAUAUUUAGACUACCUAUCCUCCAUUCUAGCACAUUGGGCUCCUUUUACUCGUCACUUCUUUCUCUUGAUUAUGUUACAUGAAUGUUGGACGAUCAAAUGUUUACUCACUUGCCUGCAGCUGCUAAGAAGCCCGCGGACAACAGAAUUUUGAUUCAGCAUUUGAUCAGUGUUGGCUAAUUUUUUAUUCAUAAGACUUCAAGUACUACGUUACAGGCCUGGUGGGUCCUAUAAAACUGCAUUUGUCCUUGCAGGAGCCAUUGAUGUAAACAGUACUGUGCCCAAGGUUGAAAAUUUCAAAGCUCAUUGACCACCGCAUUUUUUGAUACAACCCAAUACAACUUCCUACACUUUAUGCUAGCUGAGUCAACCCAGAUGUUGGACCGUGUAGGCGGCUUGCGGAAUCGAGCCAUUUUCGAAGCAACCUCUCAUGACCAUGACUGCUAAUUGAGAUUUACUCUACACUUCUGAAGAAAUUUUCGUCAAACUGGUAAGCACUAUCUCCGCUCAGAAAAGUGGCUGCACUUCAUUUUAUUUUUGAUUCCACAUAGAAUCCAUAUAGAAGACUUGCAUUUGGGAGGUACUUCGAAAAGGGUGCAGUUGCCCCCUCAGGAGCUGUUAGUGUAAACAGUACUGUGGUCGAGGUUGAAAAUACCAGAGCUCAUUUGCCAUCACAUUUACUAAUACAACCUGCCAAAGGUGCCUGAAUUUUUUUACCCUAACCAGACCUUACGAAUGCAUGUGCAUGGUUUGAGAGAGUCGACUUCCCCGUGGCUACUGAUCGCAUUUUUUAUCCAAAGACUAUGCAGGACAUAGAAAUAGGAAAUGAUUUCCAUAUACAAAAAAGUGGGCUUCCUAGCAGAGUAUUUUGGGUAGUGCUGAAACGGUGCAAGCAGAAUUUUUUCAAGUGAGUUAUCACAUUAGUCAGUUUUCUUCUGUGCACGAAUUUAUAGUGAAUAUUAGUUGAAUCAGACUGCCAUCUAGCAACCAACCUCGGGUUCUCUUUCAGGCUCCAUAUCUAGCAGCAUACAUGUUUACCACGCAAUGCUGGCCAUGAGGAUUGCAUUUAUGCCACACUGUUAUGUACAACUCUGGUGAGUCCCAGAGAACUCAUUGAAAUUAUACGUCAUUGCAGUUUGGAUCCACUUUAUCUGAAUCCUGUGUCAUUCUAGAGGAAUCCUUAACCAAAGGAGCACCUAAUUUUGCGGUCGAUCGGCAUCUACCGUCCAGGACAAGGGGUUAUGAUACGGCACAAUAAUAAGUGUUUUUGUUGGAAUCUCCGGGUUUUUGGUUGAAGAGGCCUUCCUGUUCCACCAAUGAAAAUUCUGGCCUGGUCGUGGGUGCAAGGACAUUACAUGAUUAGUAGCCAAAGGUGCUUGACGUGGGGCCGUCUUAAUAUGGUUGGUAUCUAAUCUUAUCUCACCACUCGUACGUUUUUCAAGGUUGUCUAGUCAGUGUCACGAGUUGAUCCACAUUUGUAUUACACCCAUUCGUUUCUAUGUUAUGUUGGUAUCGGUAUGAGGCUAUCUAUGGAUAUUCAUGAUCCAUAACCCAAAAGAAAACUCUGGGUUACGUUGCAAAGAUUUGGGCAACAUCAAGUACUAAAAUUAUCAUAAUAUCUUUAAGCAACCAAGUUUAUGCAAAAUUGUUCUUUUAGAGGAUUAUGGUCAUCCCUCUACCGUUACUCUAAUCUACUUCCAAAUUUCCCAAAGAAACAGCUCAAAUGAAUCGUAUGUAAUGAAGAAAGGGCUCAUGAAUCAUGGCUCUUCUUACUUGUCAUCUCUGAUACCAUUAGAAACAUCCACUUUAAUGACUUUAUGCUGGUCAUGAAAUUGUUAAUUUUGCUUGUGCACGUCUGAAGCCUGGUCCCUCGACCUCAUGACAGUGAGCUGCACUGGUUAGCUCUCCCUUGAAAACCGAUCGCCUUUGCUUUUUGCAUCAUGUGAUCCAGCUUACCACCCGUUAUUAAAGAGUAAGAAAUCGUACAUGUAGCUCCAUCCAUUGAAGAGGGGACGGGCUGAUGAUGAUGACGCCAAGACCUCGUACUCCCAAGCUAUGUAUGAUAAUAACCCUACUACUGCAGCUGAGUUCCAUAGUCUACAUGUGUCGAUGUGCUUGAACCUAAACUACAGUUAACGUUUCCUCCUUUGUUGGCUACUGUAUGUUGCUACUCCUCAUGUACAGAGAGAUUCCGGUGUAAAGGUGUGGAGUCUUUGGCAUUUGAGUUGGUUUGCAGAGUGUGGUGUAUUCAGCUAUUUCUGCUUGACAUAUACGUUAUUCCGUAGUAAGAAUUAAACAUCUGAAUGGCUAGGAUCAGGAUUAUUUAGAAUAUCGUAUUCUGCUUUAGGAUAUUUUAAAGGAUAUUUUAAAGCGGAUAUUGAGGAGGAAAUAGUGAUUCUAGGUGUCGGCGUGGAGUUGCAUCUGUGAAGUUGUGCUACAUGCUCACUUGUUCAUUUCUAGAUGCAGAUUUCAGAGGUGAGGGAUUAUCAAACGGAACAAGUUUGUGAAUCUUAUUUGCAGAGGGAAAAUUCUUAUUAGGCAACAGCUAAAGCACCUGGGGGACAAGUAUCAAGUAUCAAGUAGCGCUCUGGAUUUGGAAUUAGACUAUACUCUCAUUUUUGCUUCAAGGAUACAUUAAAUGAUGGUGCAGCAAAUUUGAAAUCUAAACUCUGCAGAUUUUACUUCCCUCUAUAUUUGGCUGGAAAAGAGCCUGGUUGCGUCUGUAUUCAAGAAGAUUUCGGCUACUUACUGAGCAAUUUCCGAACCAUUCAGUGGAAUCGGGCAUGAAGUGCGUGCGAGGUCAGUGAGGAAUCUCUGUGACAUCGCCGUGUAGACAGGUUAAAAGUAGCUAGAUCUGAAAAGAUCUCUUAGCUUACCUCUUUGAAGUGCUGAGGCAAACUGAACAUGAUUAGCAAUAACACAAAACUAAAAGAAGGAUAAAGCUAAAGAUUUGUGCAUACACGGGGGGUUGCUAGAAACCUCAUGUGACUCGGUUGGUAAAUGGUGAUCAUGGCUUCCUCGUCGAACGUGCCACUAUCAGAGAUAGAAUUGCCGCCUGGUUUUAGGUUCCACCCUACAGACGAGGAGCUUGUGCUGCAUUAUCUUUGGCGGAAGGCAGAAUCAGAGAUGUUCUCCAUCCCUGUUAUCACCGAGCUUGAUCUCUACAAAUUCGACCCUUGGGACCUUCCAGGCAAGGCUAUUUUUGGAGAAGGAGAGUGGUAUUUUUUCAGCCCAAGAGACAGGAAAUACCCAAAUGGAGCUCGCCCUAACCGAGCUGCAGCUUCCGGAUACUGGAAAGCCACGGGCACAGAUCGACCAGUGCACAAAGCUUCCCGUGGGACACUGCAAAAAAUUGGGGUGAAAAAAGCGUUGGUCUUUUACAAGGGUCGAGCACCCAAGGGUGUGAAGACUGCCUGGGUCAUGCAUGAAUAUCGCCUUGCUAAUGGCAUGUGCUCCCCUUCAAGCAUUCACAGAAAGCCAGACUCUUUGAGAUUGGAUGAUUGGGUACUUUGUCGAAUACUCCAUAAGAGCCCAAGUGUGCAAAGGGCAUCAGGCAAAGUGCGAAGCAGCUCCAACGUCGAAGAGGUACUACCUUCACUACCCGAAAUGGAAAAUUCAAGCUUUGUGAUGCCAAGCAUGGGUCGCGGAUCAUGUGGACUGUUGGAUGUAGACACAUUGUGGGAAGAAAAGGCGAAUUUGGCAGAAGAGCGGCUCAUGAACCACCAACUUCUCAACAAUGCAUCAGCAAUGCAACCUAUUUCUAGUUGGAUGAGUAAUCAGACAGCCCAAUUACAUCUCAACAGUUAUUUUGACGGCCUUUUAGCAAUUUCUGAACCCUUUUACCUAGGCUCUAUGUCUACUUUCGAUUCUGCGAACACACACACGCUUCUACCUGUCGCUGUGAGUGAACAAUCAGCUACUGUUAGCACGUUUUCAAGUUUUCCUUCUUCCCGUACCCAUGAAUAUCCAGAUCAUUCCGUAGGAUAGUUUGGUGCGUAGUUACUCUCCUGACGUCCUUCGUUAGGAAGCUAAUGUCAGAGUCGUACCUGAGAGUCAAGACCACAACUCAAUUCGCUCACUCACUGUCAGCAGUAAUCACAACUCAAUUCGUAGCACAGCUUUAACGGCAAAGCCAGGUGAUUACGAAAGUUCAGAAUUAAUAGAUUAAAUAUUAUUCUGGUAA